AUGUGCUUUGCGUUUCCUCGUCUGUUCUGUGCCGGAGACCGAGGCAGGGCUGAGUUUGCUAAGGGGCCCUGUGCUGCAGGGCUGCCGCUGCUCCUCCGCCCCAUCGCUCCCGACCCGCCCGGGACCACUUUCCCGCAGCUCCUCACGUCCUCUCGGCCUGUUUUCCACCGGCCGAGACCCGCUCCCGCAGCCAGCCCGGCACUCCCGCACCCGGCGGGAUUGGAGGGAGAGGCAGCCUCCCCGUCCCGGCGGGAACGCGGCUGUGCCGGGAGCGCGGGGGCGUUCGGCUCACGGACCCCGCUUUCCCUCUCUGCCGUCGAACGCGGUACGGGGGGGGGGAACAAAAGCCAAUCGAGGGGUGGGAGGGAAGACCGAAUUAAGAGGCUUUUCUGGAGCCGCACCGACCUCCGCCGCCCCGGCACCUCUGCUCUCCCCCCGUCCCGCCCGCCGGUUCCUCCGCGCCCCCCUUACCUUCCUCGGCGGAGCGGGGGGGCCGUGUCUCGGCAUGACGGCGGCGGUCCCGGCGCCGGGCUGGCGGCGUGCGGACCCGCGGCUGGGGGCUGCCAGCCCGCCCCCCACCGCCACCGGCCCCGGCCCCGGCCCCGGCCCUGGCCGCCCUCCGGCGGGAGCACCGCCCCAUCCCACCCCGUCCCGCCCCGCACCGCCGCCAGGCUCAGGAUAUUCUAUGGCUCUACGAUUCAAAAGGGAUGGAGCUGUGAAGGACCCCAGCCCAAGCGCGGCCCCUUUCCCUCCUGUCCCGCUCCGGUAUAUCCUGAUCCCGAGGGGACGUUCCCACCGCGGAGGCGACAGCCCGGGCACCCGCCUCAGUCACCGCGCGCGAGCCCCCGCCGGGCCCUCGCUCCUGUCCCUUUAAGGGGCGGGGCGCGGCCGCGCUGCCGCGCGCUGAUUGGCCGCACGCGCGCCCUCUCCGCCCCCCGGCAGCCGGUGCGGGCCGCGGGAGCGCGCGCGGUAGUGGCGGGAACGCGCGCGGUGGUGGCGGCAGAGCGCGCGAUGGUGGCGGGCGGCGCCGCGCGGCUGCUGCCGAUCCCGAUCCCGAUCCCGAUCCCGCUCCCGCUCCUCCCGCGCGCCGCCGGGGCCAGGAUCAGGGCGGCGCUGCCCGGCCGGGCGGCCGCGGGGGCGGCCGCGGGGCGCCCCGGGCUCCGCGCCGGGCGCUGGGGCGCCGUGGCCUUGGCCGUGCCCGUGGCCGUGCCCGCCGUGCCCGCCUGGAAAGAGAGGCCGGGGCAGCGGGCGCCGGCGUGGGCGGGGGAGCGCGGCGCGGAGCGGCCGCCCCGGGGGUUGCUGCGGCGCUUGGGGCUGGUGCUGCGGCUCGGGGUGCGCGCCUGCGGGCUGGUGCUGCGCUUCGGGCCGCUGCUGCUGCUGUACCCGCUGAGCCGGCUGUGGCCCGGCAUGGGCGCUCGGUGGCUGCGGCUGCUGCGCAGGGCUGCCGAGGCCGCCGGUCCCACCUGUAUCAAGCUGGGCCAGUGGGCCAGCACUCGCAGGGACCUCUUCUCGGAGGCCUUCUGCGAUGAGUUUUCCAAGCUGCACGUCGAGGUGAGCCCACACCCCUGGGGCCACACCGAUAUGCUCCUAAGGAAGGCCUUCGGUGAGGACUGGACGGGCAUCCUCAAGUUCCCAAGCCGGGAGCCGGUCGGCUCGGGCUGCGUCGCCCAGGUCUAUAAAGCCUAUGCUGACCUCACUGCUGUUGCCGGCUCCUGGGCCCAGGAGCUGCAGCAACACUCGGAGUUCAGGUCCGCUUUUGAAGCGUGGGAAGUGUCAGGCUUUAGAGGUCUCUUCAAGUGGCUGAGAAGGAGGAAGAGCAAGGAGACAUGGGAUGAGAGGAGCAGGGAGGAACUGAGCCUAGCAGACUGCUCCCAGGGAAGUGCCAUGAGUAGGAUGUCCCUUAUGGAGCAGAUGGCCAAACCACUCCUGAAUGCAAAUCCUUCAUCAGCCAGACAUCUCAUGCCUGUAGCCAUUAAAGUCCUGCACCCUGGGCUGGUCCACCAAGUCCAGAUGGAUCUGUUUCUCAUGAAGAUGGGCAGCCGCCUCAUUGGACUUCUCCCUGGAUUCAAAUGGCUCAGUUUGACAGAGAUCGUGGAGGAGUUCGAGAAGCUUAUGAUGCAGCAGAUUGACUUACGCUAUGAAGCCAGAAAUCUGGAGCGCUUCCGACAAAAUUUCCUAGAUGUCGAUUUUGUGAAGUUUCCAACUCCCCUUUGGCCUUUGGUAACAGCAGAUGUUCUAGUGGAAACGUUUGAGGAGAGUGAGCCUAUUUCACAGUACCUGCACGCGGAGAUUGCCACAGAGCUGCGGCAGAGACUUGCGAAGAUGGGCAUGGACAUGCUGCUAAAGAUGAUCUUUGUUGACAACUUUGUCCAUGCUGACCUGCACCCUGGGAAUAUCCUGGUUCAAGGCACGGCCCGUGUGAGCACCAGCUGCAAGGAGCAGACGGCCCUCGUGGACCUGUGUGACACGCUCGUGGUGGAAGUGCAGCCGCCGCUCCGGCAGCUCUGCCUGGUGCUGCUGGAUGCAGGGAUCGUGGCGGAGCUGCAGAGCGCUGACAUGCAGAACUUCCGGGCGGUUUUCACAGCUGUGGUCCAAGGACAGGGGGAGAGGGUGGCAGAGCUGAUCCUCCACCACGCCCGCGCCAACCAGUGCCAGGACAUCGAGCGGUUCAAGGCUGAGAUGGCAGAGCUGGUCACCAAGGUCCGGGGGAACACCAUUGCCCUGGGGAAGCUGCAGGUGGGAAAUCUCCUCUCGAAUGUCUUCAAACUAUUGAUGACCCAUAAGGUGAAGCUCGAGAGCAAUUUUGCUUCCAUCAUCUUUGCCAUCAUGGUUCUGGAGGGACUAGGUCGUUCACUGGACCCUGAACUGGACAUCCUAGAGGCAGCUAAACCACUGCUCAUCAAAACUGCAGCUUCUGUCCUCAAAUAGACUCCUGUGGCUGCUGCCCUCCCCCUGUGUGGGGUUACCUGCGCUGUCUGUGAGUCAACACGAGGGAAGCUGAAGGUGAAGUCACGUGUGCCCUGGGGACAUGCUGUGCAGUGGUUACUCUCCAUUAACCUUGCCUUCAGUCGUUUCAGCUGAGCACCAGGCAUGGGAUGAUCAGAAGGUCUAUUCCAGAAACCAGAAGACUUUGCACAAUUGGACAUUUCUGACUCAUUGCACAAUUUUAAGAGCCAAUGUGCUCUGGUAGUUUUAAAACUGACAUAUGUAGCUUAGGUGCACAAGAUGACUGCAGCCUGAUGAGAAAAGCAGUCUCAGUUGUCUAAAAGUCUUCAAAGAGAUGUGCAUUGAUCAAGUCUGUUUUGAAAUCUGUCAGGUUUAAUAUUUAAUUUACUGACUUACCUGUCACUGUGGUAUAAGAAAUGAUGUUCUAACAUCACCUAAGCAACACAGGCUGAAAAAGCCAAUAAACCUCUUAGUCUUUUGUACUUUUAACUUCUACUUUUAUUGUAGAAGUGUCCCAAGAUCGUGCAUGUAGCGGUCUGUUCUUAGUCAUUCUGGAUGAUAAAAACAGACCAGUCAUUUUGGUUUUUAUUUUGUUUUCAAACUUCUGUACUCCAGCACAUUAUUAUGGGAGUUUGAUUAUAAACAGCAUAAUAAAAUAUUUGCCUAGGCAGAAAAACCUAAUUCCAUAAUAAAAAACAACUUCUGGGAA